CUCCGUUUCCCAGAAUUCUUCCCCAGGUCUCUGCGUGACGUCAUAACAACGCGACGCCACCCGUUGAUUCACGUUCGGAUAGCGUUAGUGUGGCGUUUGAUUGAGACCAGACAGAUCAGAACGGACGUAAACAGAGAUGGCAGACAAUCAGGAAAUGUCUCCUCUGGAGAAGAAGGUGGCAGAACAGAUCGAGUACUAUUUUGGUGACCACAAUCUCCCUCGAGACAAGUUUCUGAAGGAGCAGCUGCAGUUAGAUGAUGGCUGGGUGACUCUGGAGACCAUGCUGAAAUUUAAUAGACUAAAGACUCUCACGUCAGACGCAGCUGUUAUUGUCGAGUCGCUGCAAAAAUCUAAAACGGGUCUUCUGGAGGUCAGCGAGGACAAAACCAAAAUAAGACGAAAUCCGAACAAACCUCUUCCAGAGAACAAUGAGGAAUACAGGGAUGCGGUCAAACACAAAUCCAUCUACAUGAAAGGUUUUCCUCUUGAAACCACGCUGGAUGAGAUCAAAGAGUGGUUUGCAGAUAAAGGCACAGUCGAGAACGUCUACAUGAGGAAAGGACCCCAAAAGACUUUCAAAGGAUCGAUUUUUGCCGUUUUAGAGUCGGAAGAAGCUGCCAAGGCUUUUGUGGAGCGCGCUGAUGUCAAGGAGUACAAAGGGAACGAGAUGAUCGUCAUGAUGAAAGAGGACUACUUUUCUAAAAAGCUGGCUGAGAGGAAGCAGAAUCGGGUGGAAGCAAAAGCUAAAGCAAAAAGUGAAAAGGAGGACAAGCAGAAACAAGCAGAAGAAGAAGAGCUGAAAUCCUUGAAUGAUCAGAGAGGCUGUCUGCUGAAGUUCUCCGGUGAAUUGGGUCAGACCUCAAGAGAAGAUUUCCAUGCGAUCUUCUCUGAACAUGCGCAGAUCAAAUGGAUUGAUUUCACCAGAGGAGCUAAAGAGGGCACCAUCCUGUUUCACUCAAACGCCCAGGAGGCCCUGCAGAAGGUCCGAGAGGCUCAGGGAGGAGAAGAACCAAAGGUAAAAGAGCAGGUUGUUCAGUGGGAGGUACUGGAGGGAGACGUAGAAAUGGAGACACUGAAGAAAAUCAUCGAGGAUCAGCAGGAGUCCAUAAACAGACGCAAAGGAGGCAGAGGAGGUCACAGGGGUCGUGGAAGAGGCAGGGGAGGACGCAGAGAUCGAGGAGGAAGAGAACAGACCCAGUUCAGAGGAAAGAAGACCAAGUUUGAUAGCGAUGACGAGGGAGAUGAAGCAGAACAAAGCAGUCCAAAGAAGAGACCUCUUGAGUCGAAUGGGAAAGAUAACGAAGAGCCGGCUUCCAAACAAGCAAAAAGCGAGAACGGUUCUUAAGGGGAGAAAACUGUGGCCUUAUUUUUGCACAGCUGAUGUUCCUUAAAAUCUAAAAAAACCUGGAAAACGCAUUCUCAGACUACUUACUGUGUCAAAAGCUGCACGAAAGCUUUACGUCACACUUUUUCCCUAAAUUCGUCAUGAUAAAGGCCUUUUUUUUUUUUUUUUUUUUUUUUUUUUU